CCUCGUAACAAUUUGCAGUUAGGAAGGUCGGUAUGGUUAUAUACAAAAAAACAAAGACUAGAGAGAGAAAGAGAAAAGAAGAAAUCAAGAAACAGCGAUGAACGAAGAAGACCGAAACCAAUCCCCACUCCUCGACGCCCCCGCCGCCGCAGAAAGCGGCGAUACAGUGCUCGACGCGGGCGGCGACGGAAACGGAGUCAGCAGCGGCGGCAGUGGCAGGAGCCGAGUGAGGGGGCCCUGGUCGCCCGAAGAGGACGAGAUACUGAGCCGAGUCGUGAGCAAGUUCGGUGCGAGGAAUUGGAGCCUGAUCGCCCGAGGAAUCCCGGGGAGGUCCGGUAAAUCGUGCCGCCUGCGGUGGUGUAACCAGCUCGACCCUUGCGUCAAGCGCAAGCCCUUUACUGAUGAAGAGGACCAUAUUAUUUUAACAGCUCAUUCAACUCAUGGAAACAAAUGGGCGUUAAUCGCAAAGCUCCUACCCGGUAGAACUGAUAACGCAAUAAAGAACCACUGGAAUUCUACACUGAGGCGCAAAUUAACGGAGCUCAAAAGGCUUAAACGUGCACAGGGCACCACUUUGGAAGAAGUCAGUCUGGACAGAACAAAUGCAUCCUCAGAAGAAACCAUGUCAUGUGGAGAUUUGCGGUCAUUCAAGUCCCCAGAAAGAAGAGACACAAAUAUGAUUGAAAAUAGACCCAACCAUUCUGAAAACAACCCUCAAAUAGACGAGGAUCGUCGAGCUGCGGAAACAAACAAUCCCACCCUUUCCCGACCGGUGGCACGUGUUGGUGCAUUUACCGUUUGUACCCCUGCAAAUUUAACGCCAGACUUUGGGAUCUGCAAAUUUGUUGAAGGUAUUUGUGGUGAACCUAUUGUUCCGAUGCAGUGUGGCAAUGGUUGCUGUGGAGGUUCAAGUGGGGGUAUAUCUGAACAAAGAUCAUUGUUGGGACCAGAGUUUGUUGACUAUGAGGUGCCUCCUCCCUUGUCGAGUCACGAGUUGGCUGCCAUUGCCAUGGAUCUGAAUAGAAUUGCCUGGAUCAGAAGCGGCCUUGAGAGUACCGGGACGCAAGUGGGACCGUCAACUCAUGCCUUGCCGCAUGAAGUUGAAGGCUUGAGCUGAAAUUAUUUGUUCGGAGACGUCUGAAAAGUCAAGUUUUUCUUUCUGUUUUUUCUGGGUUCAUUUUUGUUGUGAGUUUUUUAUCGGGAGGAAAAAUGUAACGUCAACCGAAUUUGAAAAAGGUUCAUGAAGAUGGUGGCUAACUAUUCGGUCUUAGCGAAAGGCCUA